CCUGAAGUCGGAGCGGGACCGCGGCCGGUGAUUGGUUGGAAUGCGGAGGGAGGUGCGCGCGCGCGGAGGGCCUGCAGAGACCAGAGGGAGGCGAAGAGAAGAUGGCGGCGGCGGCCGCGGAGACGGUGGAGCUGCACAAGUUGAAGCUUGCUGAGCUGAAGCAAGAAUGUUUAGCCCGAGGACUGGAGGCAAAGGGAAAUAAACAGGACCUGAUCAACAGAUUGCAGACUUAUCUUGAGCAGCAUGCUGAGGAGGAGGCCAAUGAAGAAGAUGUCCUGGGAGAAGAAACAGAGGAAGAAGAACAGAAACCACUAGAUGCUCCUGUCAAAGAGGAAGUAGCUGCUGAGAAAUCAGCUGAAAGAAUGCAGAAACGGGCAGAGAGAUUUAAUGUUCCUGUGAGUUUGGAGAGUAAAAAGGCUGCACGAGCUGCUCGGUUUGGUAUGUCUACAGCUUCAACUAAAGGUCUUGUUGCAGAAAGUAAGACUACAGUAAAUAUAGACAAAUUAAAGGAAAGGGCUCAGAGAUUUGGCUUGAAUGUCUCCACAGUCUCCAAAAAGACUGAAGAGGAUGAGAAGCUGAAAAAGAGAAAGGAGAGGUUUUGGUAUUGUAUAACAAGUUCAGCUGGGACUGGAACUACAGAAGACACAGAGGCAAAGAAGAGAAAAAGAGCAGAACGUUUUGGCCUCGUCUGAUGACCUCCCUCUUAGCUUUUAUCUGCUUGAGUUGUAUGUUUUAUACGUUCAUGUUCUUCAUUCCUAAUGAAGACGAUAGCUUUUUCUUCACACAGAUCUUGGCUUUGCAUUUUAAAGCUAGCUCUUCAGUUGUGCUUUUCUUCACUUUUGGACUUCAAACAGAUUUUGAAGCCUAGAAUGAAAGUAUCUGUUGUGUAUGUAAACAGUUUGAAUUUACCGGCAAAUUCUCCUAUCAACCACUUAUAUCCAGAUUACAUCUCCAACUUGCUUCUCCUCUGUUUAAAACAACUGCACAAAAUAAAAAAAUCCCUAAGUAGGAGGAGUAUGACUAUUUUUGAUGCAUCUUUCAAUGCCUAUUAAAGUUACUAAUACCUGAA